CCCUCCGUUCAUCUGUCCAUGACGCCCCACGGUGACAGACACCCCUCCAUGUUGACGUGCAGCGCCUACAAGUUCUACCCCAAACAGAUCAGGGUGACCUGGUUGAGGAAUGGACAGGAAGUGCCCUCAAACAUGACUUCCUCUGAGGAGCUAGCCAAUGGCGACUGGCACUAUCAGAUCCACUCCUACCUGGAGUACACUCCCACGCCUGGAGAGAAGAUCUCCUGCAUGGUGGAGCACACCAGCUUCACUGAACCAAAGAUCCUCCACUGGGACAUGUCUCUGCCAGAGUCUGAGAGGAGUAAGAUAGCCAUCGGUAGCCAUCGGGGCUCUGGGCUGGUGCUGGGGGUGGUCUUUGCAGUAGCUGGUCUCCUCUACUACAACAGGAGGAAGACCACUGGUGGUGAUGGGAUGGAACUGGUGCCAACAAGUCACCCAUCCCAGUGA